AGCAGUAAAAAUUUGAUAUUUCAAAACGCAUGCGAAACACCACCAUCUUCUUCAUCGAGCGAAUCAGCUAUAGUCUCAAUAUCUCUGCAUACUCUCUCCAUGCUGAAAAUGACACAAUUCAAAUCUGAAAAAGUGUUGCAGCUAGUUGAAGCUACUGAUAAACUGAUCUCUCCCGGAAUCAAUGUUGGGGAUGUGAAGAAGUUUCAAGAGGCAGGUAUCUACACCUGCAAUGGCUUGAUAAUGCAUAUGAAGAAGAGGGAGGCAGUUGUUAGCAACACAACUAGAAGCCAAUCUUUGGAUAAUGUCUUGAGAGGAGGGAAGAAAGAAACUUCAGCAAUCACUAAACCUUUUGGUGAAUCUAGAUCUGGAAAGACACAACUUCCGGAUACUCUCUGUGUGUCUAUCAGGCUGAAGCAGGGGAUGGUUUUUUCCUUAGUCCUCCACUUAUCCGCUGGGAAAACAUCAAGAAGAAGUUCUUUGUAGAUCAUAUACCUCCAUCUUGGACUCCGAACCUUGUACUUGUUCAUCCCAAUUGAAACACCUGCCAGCUAUUUGACCCUGAACAGUAAAAAGCAUUAGCAAAUAUCAAACAAAUGACAAUAACUGAGCUCAGAGAAUCAGCCACAUGUGAGGAGAUGUUUGAAGAACUAAAAGAGCUCAAAGAAUUAACACUUGAUGAUUACCAAGAAGUAGCAACCUAUGAGAUCGAACAUGAUCUCAGAGGUUUCAAGCUGAUCGGAUCAUUCCCGAAUGGGUGACUUAUCCUGGUAAAUUAUGCUAAAGAAUCACUUCAUCUCUAUGAGAUGUCGGGCAGUAAAUGGCAAACAUUGAUAGCUUAUCCAGGAUGAACUCCAAAUAAGAACUUUAUCGGGGUAUGCGAUGGCGUGGAAAUUAUUUUGUUACUGGAAAUGUCGGAUGGAGAGACCGUAUUUCAUACCUUUCAGAUUCAAGGCUUUGAUAUAGUAGUUCACCAUCAGAAGUUUCAGAUUGAAUUGGAGGGAAAAGUUAAAAAUGCCCUCGUGUAAGAAUUAAUUGUAUGUAGUUGUUUCUAAGGGAACAACCACCUAUUUGAGCUCAAUGAGAUUGGAUUGUGUAGGUGGAGAAGUUAUUCCACGAACCAGUGAUCUAACAACAAAGGCCUUAAAGUUGCAGGAAACAUGGUUCACCAGUAUGGUAUUAUCUCCUGUCUGUACGCCUCUACUGAUAGUAUUUCCUCUUGAGAUGCAGUUCACGGUUUUCGAAGUGUACGGUGAAGGUGUUAACCUUGGCAUACAGAAAGUGACUUAUAUUCACCUGCUUAACCUGCAACUCUACCUGGCACCUAAUGGGGGAUGGUGUACACUUCUGGAAGAACAUACAGUAUGUCUAUCUACCCAUGCAGGUGUUAACCUUGGCAUACAGAAAGUGACUUAUAUUCACCUGCUUAACCUGCAACUCUACCUGGCACCUAAUGAGGGAGGGUGUACACUUCAGGAAGAACAUACAGUAUGUCUAUCUACCCAUGCAGGUGCAGAUUGUCUUAGGGGUACCACCUAAUUACAUCAUGAUUAUGAAGAGGACGACUAUGGAUCUGAUGAAGAGGCCACUGAUGAGGCUGAUGAAGAGGCGUCUGAUGAAGCUGAUGAAAAGUCACCUGAUGAGGCUGAGGCUGAUGAAGAGGCGCCUGGGGAGGCUGAUGAAGAGGCGUCUGAUGAAGUUGAUGAAGAGUCGCCUGAUGAAGCUGAUGAAAAGGUACCUGAUGAGGCUGAUGAAGAUGUUCCUGCUCAGGCUGCUGAAUAUGAGGAUGAUGAAGAUUUGUCUGAUCAAGCUGCUAAUGAAAUGGAAGAUGAUGAAUAUUUUACCAUUUGGCAGCGUAUUAGAGAAUGUCCAUGGGAUUCUCCACCGAAAGCUUGCCCUUGUAAACCAGUUUGGGUGAUGCUUCCCCCGAUAGAUAUGAAAAAGUUUUUGGCUGUUCCUAGUUAUAUAGGUUAAUAUUUUUUUGAUGCAAAUGAAGUUCAAACUAUGACAUAUAUGUGAAAGACUCAAAUGCAUGGUUCAUAUAUUGCCAGGUUUUAAAUAUGUGAAAAAUUCAUUCCAGGUAA